AUGGCGCACGGGCUGCGGCAGGCGGCGCCGGCGGGCGGCGGCGGCGGCUGGGGCAUCGCCGGCUGGCUGUCCUCGCGGCGGGUGACGCCGUUUGCGGUCCUCCUAGCCCUUGAAGCCGGCGCCAAGGGCGCGCCGCGGGCCCUGCUGGGAGCGGAGGGCAUCGCCUCCAUGGCCGCCGCCCGCGCCGCCGGUGACGCCGCGCGCCUCGACUUGUGGGUCCGCGCGUCCCUGAACGAGCAGCUGCUCGGCAGCCGCCUGGCCGCGCUGGCUGGCGGCGGCGGCGUGGACGGCGGCGGCGGAGGCGGCGGCGGCGGCGCGCCUGCGCUGCGUGCGUGGUACGAGCCGGGGGCGGCGCUGCUGCAGCCGCGGGCGGCGGCGGUUGUGGAGCCGGCGGCGGCUGCGGGGCGGCAGCCGCAACAGCAGCAGCAGCAGGAGCAGGAGCAGGAGCAGCAGCAGCAGCAGCAGCAGCAGGGCGGGGAGCUUCAGGCAUUACUCGAGGCGCUGCGGCAGCUGGACAGGCACCGCUUCGCCUUGCGAGUGGAUGCUGCCGGCCCGGCAGCCUCUGCCGCCACCGAAGCUGCCCCUGCAGCCGUGGCCAACGGGACCGCGGCGGUGUCCAGUGGCGGCGGCUGCGGCGGCGCCCUGUCCACCUUCCAGUGGCCGUCGGCCGUGCAGCCCGCAGGCCGGCGCCGCGUGCCCGCGAUCGCGGACGGCGCGGGCCCGGGCGCGGCCGGCCGCGCGCCGGGGGAGGAGGAUGAGUCAAGCGACGCGCUGUCGCCGCUGUCGACUUCGGACGACGCGGGCGGCCCUGAUUGGUGGACCGGCGGGCCGCUGCCGUGGCAUCAGAUGAUGAAGGACAGCCUAGCCUCCCAAGGCAGUGGCGGCACCGGCGUCAGCGGCGGCGACGGCGCAGGCGGCGGCGGCGGCGGCGCGGCGAUUGAGAGCGGGGCGCGUGCCGGCUCGUCGGCGUCGGCGCAGCUGCAGCUGCAGCUCGAGGCCGCGCUCGCGGCGCCGGUGCCGGCACUGCUGCAGCGGCGACGCAGCCUGCAAGGAGCAGCCUCGCUCGUGACGGCGCGCUCUACUGGAAGCCUGAGGGACAAGGCCGGCAGCCCAGAAUUCGCCGAGGCCCUCGCCGCCGCCGCGCGCCGCACGGGCGCCGGCCCCUCGCCCCUCGCGCCCGGCGGCGCCGGGGUCGUGGUAACGGGGGCGGCGGGCCUGGGGCCGGGGGUGGGGCGGCACAGGCACAAGCGCAGCAGCAGCUUCAACGAUUUGGCAGAGUUGCAGGCCCAGGUUGCGGCGGGGCAGCGGUGA